UUGCUAGAUCCAAAGAUUCUACCAGAUUACCCGUACAGAGACGAUGGCUUACUCAUGCACACUGCUAUUGAGAAUCACGUCCGUAGAAUCGUCGAAAAAAAUUACUGUGAGUUUUAUAGACAUUUCCGAAUUUGCUUCACUGGACACGAAACAUGUAACUGUUUAAGGUUGACGAUGUCAUUUUGUUUAUAGUGUGGUCAUUUGCUCCCUCAGUUUCGUUUGCACUCAGGAAAAUUCAGAAAGUGUCUUUAUUGUAACAGUACGUUUUUUUGCUUUUGCAAAAGUAGUAAAGUCUUAUUUAUUAUGUCCACAGUUAAUGACGUUAUUUAUUUAACGGAAGAUUUUGAAAUGCAAGCAUGGGCCAACGAUCUGGUAGAGACAGAUCCACUACUUGGAUGUAACAUAAAGGUGACUAUGCUUAUUCUUUCUAUCCCUAUCUAAACGAAGUUCAUGUUCUUUAUACUGGAUAGCUCUAUCAGUUCUAAACUGUUCCUUCUAGAGGUCCAGUAAGGAUCAUCUCUUAUUGAUCCAGUGUUACUACAGGAGGAAACCUAAACUAAACUAACUUUAUUUAUACUGGAUAGUUCUAUCAGUUCCAAACUGUUCUUCCUAGAGUUCCAGUAAGGAUCAUCUCUUAUUGAUCCAGUCUUACUACACGGGGAAACCUAAACUAAACUGACUUAAUUUAUACUGGAUAGCUCUAUCAGUUCUAAACUGUUUUUCCUAGAGUUCCACUAAGUUACUACAAGAGGAAACUGUGUUUGAUAGAGUCAAACUUUCUUAUCUUUCUAGGGAAUCCCGGGUGAAGGAAAAUUUGAAUCAUUUGAUGAGCUGGUUAAAACCCUGACAUCAAUUAUAUUUAUGUGUACCGCUGGCCAUGCGGCAGUGAACUUGCCCCAGUAUGAUGAAUAUGGAUAUUCUCCUAACUACCCCACGUUACUUGUUGGCGAACCACCUUGCGAUACGGUAUGUGUGUUUGUUCUAAUGUCCAAAGCCGGGCUUAUACCCAGAGAUGCAUCAUCUGUCCAGAGAUGCAUCAAUCUCAUUGUUCAUCUUGACGGACUCAUCUUUUUGUUAGUUUGUUUAUUUCUUUGUUUGUUAUCCAGCGUUGGCGAGAUAAGCACGACGUGUUACGACAUCUUCCGACUAAAGAUCUAUGCUUGCAGUCCGUAAUUUAUGCCAAACUGAUGACGGAUCGCAAGACCAACGGACUGGCGGACUUUAAUUCCAAAUUCCAGUAUGAUCCAAUUGCAUUGAAAUCUGGUGAAUUGUAAGUAUGAACGAUGUUGGGUUGCUAUCGAGCAUAAAUAAAGUUUGUUUAGUUUAGGUUUUCUUCUAUAAUAGCACUGGAUCAAUAAGAGAUUAUCUUUACUGGACCUCUAGGAAGAACAGUUCAGAAUUGAUAGAACUAUCCAGUAUAAAUAAAGUUAGUUUAGGUUUCCUGCUGUAGUAACACUGGAUCAAUAAGAGAUGAUCCUUACUGGACCUCUAGGGAGAACAGUUUAGAACUGGUAGAGCUAUCCAGUAUAAAUAAAGUUAGUUUAGGUUUCCUGCUGUAGUAACACUGGAUCAAUAAGAGAUGAUCCUUACUGGACCUCUAGGAAGAACAGUUUAGAACUUGUACUGAGAGGUAUCCAGUAUAAAGUAAAGUUGGUUUUGUUUAGGUUUCCUCCUGUAGUAACACUGGAUCAUUAAGAGACUUCUUGGAUCUUGGAAGAAUAGUUCAGAACUGGUAGAGCAAUCCAGUACAAAUAACGAAUAUUUUCUUUUGUUUAAGGUUUUUGAAGGAUUUAAAAGACGCUGCUAUCACCGUGAUACAUCGAAAUCUUCUGCGUAAAUAUCCUUAUGAUUAUCUUAACCCUUGCAGCAGCAAAAAUUAA